AAAAUUUUAAAAACAAUCUGUUGAAGAAAAUUGUGGAAAAAUUUUAGAUAAAUACUUACAAAGUGUUAAAGGUGAUCAAAGCGAUGGAAACGAAAGUAAUUAUUCACCAAAUUUAUCAGACCUUGACACGAAGGAUGAAUUUGAUAUGAGUUUUCUCAAUGAUGCACCCGAUGCACGUUCAUCAACAUUCCUAAAGGAGCUUACGAAUAAAGAUCUUACACCUAGAAAAACUCCUCCGAUACAGAAGACUUUGAUUGCUCCUUUGGUACAAGAUAUAAAUCCGUCACAUUCAAAAUGUUUAGCUGCUGUAAAUGCAUACAAGAUGCAAAUGAAUUUCUUUAAAAAAAAAAUCAAAGAAGGUGAAUCUGAAGCACAGAAGUGCAAAGGUAAAUACGAGAAACUUGCUAAACAAACAAAAUCUGCAGAACCAUCAGGUAGGCAUUAUAGGGAAAUUUUUUCAUAAUAUAAUAUACACGUGUAUGCACAUCUCUUGCUUUUUUAGAUUCAUCAUU